AUGAGCAGAUCUCCAGUUUUCAAGUCAUUCCCUGCUAGUUUCUUUUUCAUCCGCUUAGUUAAAGCCACCUGCAACUUCUGCAUUUCCCGAUCAUUGGUGUAUCCUUAUGACUUCAGGCUAACAGAGAAAGAGAAAACUAGUAUCUGCUACUUGUCCUUCCCAGACUCCUACUCAGGUGGCCUGGGGGAUACUCAAUUUAGCUUCCGCCUUCGUCAGUCUGGGGGACAGAGGACCACUCAUUACGAGGACGAUGGCGAGUACAAUAGAGAAGCACCCCUAACGCUGCAGCGGGAGUCAGCUCAUUACUUUGGUUAUGUGUACUUCAGGCAAGUCAAGGACAGCUCGAUGAAGAGAGGUUAUUUUCAGAAGUCCUUGGUGCUGGUGUCACGCCUUCCAUACGUGAACUUGUUCCAGUCAUUGCUGCAGCUGAUUGCUCCGGAAUACUUUGACAAGCUGGAGCCGUGCCUGGAGGCAGUGUGCAAUGAGAUUGAUCAGUGGCCGCCUCCUGUGCCAGGACAGACUCUGAACCUUCCAGUGAUGGGAGUUGUCAUUCAGGUGAGAAUCCCAUCAAGGGUGGAUAAGCCAGGAUCAAGCCCAGUGAAGCAGUUCAAUCAAGAGAAUCUGUUACCAGCCCCACUGGUCCUCCCCAGUAUUCAUGAACUGGAUCUUUUCAGGUGUUUCCAGCCAGUGCUAAUUCAUAUCCAGAUGUUAUGGGAGCUGAUGUUACUAGGAGAGCCAAUUGUUGUAAUGGCACCAUCCCCUACGGUUUCUUCAGAAAUGGUUCUGACACUUACCAGCUGCCUUGCUCCUCUGAGGUACUGUUGUGACUACCGCCCCUAUUUUACUAUCCACGACAGUGAAUUUAAAGAGUAUACCACCAGGACGCAAGCUCCGCCAAACAUCAUUGUGGGAGUCACAAACCCUUUCUUCAUCAAAACUCUCCAGCACUGGCCGCACAUUCUUCGGGUUGGGGAGCUCAGAAUGUCAGGAGACCUGCCCAAGCAAGUUAAGGUGAAGAAGCUAGCUAAACUAAAAACUCUAGACACAAAACCAGGAAUCUAUACUUCUUAUAAAACAUUUCUUCACAAAGACAAAACCCUGAUAAAAAGAUUACUAAAGGGGAUUCAGCGGAAACGCCCGUCUGAAGUCCAAAGUGCCCUUUUGAGGCGUCACCUCCUCGAGCUCACCCAGAGUUUCAUCAUUCCCCUGGAGCAUUACAUUGCAAGUCUGAUGCCUCUGCAGAGGGCCAUUACUCCAUGGAAGAAUCCUCCACAGAUUCGUCCUUUCCGUCAGGAAGAUUUCAUGAAGACCCUUGAGCACGCUGGUCCGCAACUUACCUGUGUACUUAAGGGUGACUGGUUAGGCCUCUACAGGCGUUUCUUCAAGUCUCCCAACUUCGAUGGCUGGUACCGUCAGAGGCACAAGGAGAUGACCCAGAAGCUGGAGGCCCUUCAUUUGGAGGCAAUCUGUGACGCGAACAUUGUGGCCUGGAUGAAGGACAAGUCUGAGGUGGAGAUUGUAGACCUGGUGCUAAAACUUCGUGAGAAGCUGGUAAGAGCCAGGUGCCAACACCUCCCUGUGAAGGAGGAAACUCUGCAGCGGGUGGGCCUGUAUAUCGAGACCAUCAUUGGCUCCUUGCCGGAGGAUCUCCAGGCCGUGCUGCACCACCACUGAGCACGGCGAAGGGACUCUGUUGGAGAAGGAAGGGCCCUCCCACCCUGCUCCGAGCUGUGGGCAGCCGCAGUCGCAUUUGGAAAGGAAACUUCUUCCCUGAUCCAGCCAGCAUGACCUGAUCUGGACCUUGCUCACAACUGAGCGUGAUCUUGAGCACGUGAGCACGUGGGUCAGAACUGUAGCAGGAACGGGGA